CAUGAGUAUAUUUUGAACGGUAUGACAAUUUGAGCAGAAUGCACAAUUUUCCCAUAAAAUUGGAUUUAUCCAACUUCUUUUGUGAUGAACGCCGCUGCUCGUUGGUGUUAGUUGAUGUAUCAUGGGAGAAUGUUAAAGAUCUGCAAGAUCACAUUCAAAAGUUGUUCAAUUUGAAGAACAUAAGUUUGUUGACCAGCGAAGGAUGUUAUGUGCCCCCGAAGGAGUCCAUCAAAGUAAUCAAGUCGACAGAAUCGCUUAAGGCUUUUCAACUAGAUCCAACCGGCAAUUCUAAUGAGGAGCUUUCGCAUCCGACUGAAACAAGCAAAAAACGAAAAAAUCGCUCGGUUGAAACAGAAAAUGAGUUGAUAAGCUCCACUCCCAAUCUGCCCAAGCGUUCCAAAUGCAAAAGUAUAACAAGAAAUGAGGUCACCUAUGUGGAACCGGCCUCAAUCAGAGAUGGUACAAAUGGAGUAGGGAGCGAGGAUCAAUCAAACCUUGGAACUGAAUUAUUGAUGCAAGACGAUCAACGGGCCUCAUAUAUUAGCAGCGUUGAUAAUAAUAAAUCAGCAGCCACGGCUGCCACUGAGUCCAGCAUCUCAAAUCAAUCAAAUCGCACUACUAGGAAUCUCAGCAGUUUCAACAAACAAAGUGUUUCAAACAAUCAUAUUCUAUAUAAGGACGAUGAAGAUGAAGAAAAUGUGCCACCAAAUGGCACAACUGUGGAGAAGAGCCUGCAAUUGGAGCACGUAGAACCGGAAGUCGAAUUUCGUAGUCAACUAAUGGAGUUAGAUAUGAACUCUGUUCGCGUCUUUAGGCUUUCGCGCAAACACAAAGAUAUUCAAAUUAUCGAGGAAAUUGUAAUUCCUGCCAAGGCGCCUGCAGCCGAGCCUAAAAUGGAUGAAACGCAAUUAGAACCAUCAGUAGAGACAUCUAUAGCAGUGGUUACACCAAUUAAAGCUGACUUGGAGCAUACGACAAUGACACCAAAGAGUUUACCUCAGCUUUCUUUAGAGAUCUCACAGCAGGAGCAAGAAUCGGCGAAUAAAAUGCAGGCCAAGGAGCUAACACAAAGUUUAUUGGACUCCGACUCGGAUGACGAUGUUAUGGUGUUGGAUGACACAAAUGUGGAUGACUCUGAUUCGGAUGUCCAAGCGGUGCCAUUGAAGGAUACGUCACUGGACGUUAUUAAAGAUAUGCUACAAAAUGCAGCCCCCUUGGAGAAUUUACCCAAUGUGGGUGAAACGAUAAUCUUUAAGCUGCCCAAAGUGAAGGGAGCAAAGCCGCCAAUAGCGUUUACGGAAAAUAUAGCGGGCACCUGCUCUUACGUGAAUCGUCGUACGAAAUCCAUCACAAUCGCUGUAAUCGCAUAUUCCGAUAAGUUUGCUGAUGUACUGCAACAGUAUUCCAGCCGUUUGGAUGACACUACAGAUGCCGCCCCCAUUUUAAAUGUUAACUUUAGAGAUUUGAUUCAGGCCAAGGUAAUUGUGACCUCUGUGGACUAAGCAGGGAUUGCCAAGUCCAAAACACUUGAUUGUAUUUGUGUUUUAUCAUGUUUUCAUAAUUUGUUAAUAUAAACGUUCAUC